UCUCAUCGUGCGUGAUUGAAACAGUGCUCGGUCGGCAGUGGGCAGUGAAAGUGCCAAGUGGGAUUCCAACUUGGAUAAGCCCAAGGAUUAUAGGAUAAAGGAGUGUAUCAAUGGGAGACAGUCCCUCUAAUCAGCUCAGUGUAUUGGAACAAACCACUUCUGGUUAAAAGUACUUGAUUUUCAUUUCUCCAACACUAUUCCAAAUAUAUAAAUCAUACCUACGUCAAAAGAUAAAACAGUCCCCAGUGGAAUCGAAGAAAACAGUCCAUGUUACAAUGGAAACCAUACCGGGAAAGUGCUAAAUAAAGCCCUCACUAUGCAACGCAGACCACUGCGCGUCUCCAUCGUGCUGGUGCUAUGCGAGUACUGUGUCCUCUCGUACGGUGUCCGGGGCCGGCCUGCUCCUAUGCCGCAGGAAAAUACCGUUGCGACGCUGCUGAACAAUCUCAGCGAGGCCACCCGGGAGCGAUCAGAUGAAAGCUACUUUGAGGAGGACGAUUUGAGCGCCAUGAUGAGCAGUGGUAGCAGCAGCAGCAGCAACAGCAUCUCCCCCACGGGCGAUAGAAUCAACAAACGUUCCGGUGGCGGAAUGAAUCGCAUCGAAGUGCAGGAGGUGGAUGGCGGUGGUAAUUAUACCACCUUCAAUGUGGGUGUCCUGAUGGCAUCGCAUUUGGAUUCACCCUUUGAUUUGGAGCGAUGUGGGCCAGCAGUAGAUUUAGCAUUGGAGUUUAUCAACGAUUUUCUAGCCAAGUCUCACAACAUCAAACUAACGAAAGUUCAAGCGAGUUACGCCUCAUGUUCGGGAGCUAAAUCACCCGGCCUUGCGGCGGAUAUGCACUUCAAGCACAAUGUGAUAGCCUUCAUCGGGCCAGCCUGUGCCUUCGCUCUGGAGCCGGUGGCUCGACUUGCCGACUACUGGAACACACCCAUCAUCACCGGAAUGGGCGAUCAGCCUCCGUCUGAAGGGGAACUUUCGGUGACAUCCGGGAUAUUAGGUCGACUAAGUAACAAAUGGAAAAACGAAAGUACGGGAAUCUUCAAGGACAAAUCCAAGUACCAAACGUUGACUCGGAUGUCCUACUGCCAGUGUCGGCUGAAGCUGGUGUUUUCCAGCAUAUUUCGGCAGUUUGGCUGGAGACACAUUGCCCUGCUGUUAGACCGAUCGGAUCUGUUCUCACUGACGGUUGGCAAGAACCUCGAGUACGGACUGAAAGAGGAGGACCUGUUGACCUUCGUACGGGAGCUGGACGGAAACGAUGAGGAGGAUUUGGAUAACUAUCUACGUGAUGCCAGCAUGUACGCCAGAGUGAUCAUCCUAUCCGUGCGAGGUAGUUUGGUUCGUAAAUUCAUGCUGUCCGCCCACCGUCUCGGGAUGACCAGAGGGGAGUUUACCUUUCUAGACGUGGAAAUCUUUCAGAGCUCCUACUGGGGCGACCACUACUGGGAGCUGGGCGACGAGGACGACCAAGCGGCGCGGAAAGCCUACGAAGCCCUGCUGCGUGUGUCAUUGCUCCAGCCGACCAGUCCCUCGUAUCAGUACUUUGCCGACAAGGUGAGACAACGUGCCAAAAGGGACUACAACUACACCUUCGUGGAGGACGAGGAGGUAAAUUUCUUCAUUGGUGCUUUUUUCGACGGAGUCUACCUGCUGGGAAUGGCACUGAACGAAACGCUCAACGAGGGUGGAAAUAUUCGCGAUGGAACGGCUAUUACUCGGAAGAUGUGGGGCAGAAGUUUCGAUGGAAUCACGGGACACGUGCGAAUCGACGACAAUGGAGAUCGUGAUGCCGAUUAUUCCAUUCUCGACCUGGAUCCAAUUACCGGCCGCUUCGAGGUGGUAGCACAUUAUUACGGACGGACUAGCGAGUACUGUCCGGUGAAAGGUAAACGGAUUCACUGGCCCGGUGGCAGAGAGGGACCCCCACCGGACAUUCCCAAGUGCGGCUUUCUGGGAACUUCUCCAUCCUGUCAGGGAAGCGAAAUGAUUCUUGUAUACGGGGUUAUUGGCUUUGGGAUAAUUUCCACGUUCGCAGCUGCUGUCACGUACAUACUUUGCAAGCAAAUGAAGCUUAACAAUGAACUGAACAAUAUGUCCUGGAGGGUUCGACCGGAUGAGGUGCUACUAGAAGUUGGCAAAUUGUUUGGCAGCAAAACUGGUCUACAAAAGUUGAAUUACGAGCAAUUUGGCAGCUCAGGACGAGCCUCGAUUGCUAGUGGAAAUUCUCAACUUCCCGCGCAGCUUUUCACCACCAUCGGCAUCUAUAAGGGCGAACGGGUCGCCAUCAAAAAGGUGGCCAAGAAAAAGGUCUACAUAACUUCCACCCUGCUAUGGGAGAUCAAACAAGCACGGGAUGUGAGUCACGAAAACACGGUUCGUUUUGUUGGAGCGUGCAUUGAUCUACCGCGGCCGACGAUUUUGAUUCUGACCGAAUAUUGUCCAAAAGGAAGCCUAAAAGAUGUACUGGAAAAUGAAGCAAUCCAGUUGGAUUGGAACUUCCGAAUGUCCUUGAUUCAUGAUGUUGUGAAGGGAAUGGCCUACCUUCACAACAGUGAUGUCGGAGUUCAUGGAAAACUUCGCUCCUGCAACUGUCUGAUUGAUGGAAGAUUCGUAUUGAAGAUAUCCGAUUUCGGCCUACGAACGUUAACCACCCCUUCGGAGCUUGUACGGGAUCAGAAUUACUACAACAAAUUUGAUUUUACAGAGCUUUUGUGGGUGGCCCCGGAGCUUCUGCCGGCAACGGUGAUUCCAGGAACUCCUGCGACACAGAAGGGUGAUGCGUAUUCGUUUGCCAUCAUACUGGAAGAGAUUGUGGUACGCGGUGGUCCCUAUGAAACAGCUCGGCAGUUCAUGGACCCCCAGCAGAUUGUGGAACGAGUUGCGGCACAUGAAGGUCCUCCGUUUCGGCCAUUUGUAGGUCCACGGGACUGUCCUCCGGAUUUGCUUGAUCUGAUGGAGAAAUGCUGGUCGGAUAGCCCGGAUGAUCGGCCGACUUUUGUGCAGAUUCGGAGCACAGUAAAACUAAUUAUGAAAGGCUUUUGCGAAAAUCUAAUGGACGAUCUGCUUCGCCGCAUGGAACAGUAUGCGAACAACUUGGAGAGUUUGGUGGAAGAGAAAACCGAACAGCUCAGCAUGGAGAAACGUCGAACCGAGGAGCUUCUGUAUCAGGUUCUGCCAAUACCGGUAGCUCAGCAACUCUUGGCAGGGGAAAUGGUCCAACCCGAACAGUUCGAAUGCGUCACUAUUUACUUUAGCGAUAUUGUCGGCUUCACGGCACUUUGUGCUCAGAGCCGCCCGAUGGAAGUUGUAGAUUUCUUGAAUGACCUCUAUAGCACAUUCGACCGAAUUAUAGGAUUUUACGACGUGUAUAAGGUCGAAACCAUUGGUGAUGCCUACAUGGUGGUUUCUGGACUACCGGAACGGAAUGGUCAUGAUCAUGCACGGGAAAUCGGUCUGAUGUCCCUGGCUAUUCUGGACGCAGUUAAGUGUUUCACGAUAAAACAUAAACCAGAUCAACAGCUGAAGAUUCGUAUUGGCAUCCACUCUGGUCCAGUUUGCGCCGGUGUUGUAGGGCAAAAAAUGCCACACUACUGUUUGUUCGGGGAUACUGUCAACACUGCUUCCAGGAUGGAGUCAACUGGACACCCUUUGAAAAUUCAUGUCUCUGAAGCAGCAAAACAUAUUUUGGACAAAUUUGGAACAUUUCGUCUAGAACUGAGGGGCGAAGUUGAACUCAAAGGAAAGGGGAUCGUUACGACUUACUGGCUGCUAGAGUGCUCGGAGCCUGAUCCCAGGCCGCCAACACCGAUGAAAAACUAUAACGAGAGCGAGUUACCAUUCCCGAUAUUAUUUCCUGGAAUUGGAAAGUAACUGUAACUUAUCGUUAAUACUCCAAAUACGCAUACAAGCACUUACUAUCAAACUUGCGUAGAACACGAUCAUCCGCCGAAGGGUUGAAGCUACAUGCUACUUCAUACUUAAUGUCAAUUCGCUUUAAAGGUCAUACAUAUAAAACUAUAUAGGAGAGAUGUUUUGAAAAUAUUUUAUGAAAUCAAUAUUUUGUAUUCAUCCGUGUAGAAUUAUCUAAUCGAAGUGUUCAAUUAUAA